AGAGAGAGAGAGAGAGAGAGAGAGAGAGAGAGAGAGAGAGAGAGAGAGAGAGAGAGAGAGACAUCCUCCCCUCAGUUUCCACGGUGACGGCAUCCCUCCAUCCUCCUCCUCCAUCAUCAUCUCUCUGUCCGGGCUGCUGUCGGCUCGUCGGCGUCGUCAGGAUGGUCGAUAAAGGAACCAGAGUGUUUAAGAAGGCCAGUCCCAACGGAAAGCUCACUGUCUAUCUGGGGAAGAGAGACUUUGUGGACCACGUGGACCUGGUGGAGCCCGUCGACGGCGUCGUCCUGAUCGACCCGGAGUACCUGAAGGAGCGAAAAGUGUUCGUGACUCUGACCUGUGCCUUCCGUUAUGGUCGAGAGGAUUUGGACGUCCUCGGGUUGACGUUUCGUAAAGACUUGUUCGUGGCGAACAUCCAGGCAUUUCCUCCGCUGCCCGAGGAGAAGAAGAGCCUGACCCGACUUCAGGAGCGGCUGAUUAAGAAACUGGGAGAACACGCUCACCCGUUCACCUUCGAGAUUCCUCUGAACCUGCCGUGCUCCGUCACCCUGCAGCCGGGCCCCGAGGACACCGGGAAGGCCUGCGGAGUCGACUUCGAGGUGAAAGCGUUCUGUGCAGAAAAUGUCGAAGAGAAGAUCCACAAAAGGAACUCGGUACGUCUGGUGAUCAGGAAGGUCCAGUACGCUCCAGAGAAGCCGGGUCCUCAGCCCACGGCAGAGACCACCAGACAGUUCCUGAUGUCGGACAAACCUCUGCACCUGGAGGCCUCUCUGGACAAAGAGAUCUAUUACCACGGGGAGCCAAUCAGCGUCAACGUCCACGUCACCAACAACACCAACAAGACGGUGAAGAAGAUGAAGAUCUCAGUGCGACAGUACGCAGACAUCUGCCUGUUCAACACGGCUCAGUACAAAUGUCCCGUCGCCACCGAGGAGUCAGAUGACGUCGUUGCUCCCAGUUCAACUUUCUGUAAAGUUUUCACUCUCACUCCGUUUCUGGCCAACAACCGAGAGAAACGAGGCCUCGCUCUGGAUGGAAAGCUGAAGCACGAGGACACAAACCUGGCCUCCAGCACGCUGCUAAGAGAGGGAGCCAAUAAGGAGAUCCUCGGCAUCAUCGUGUCCUACAAAGUCAAAGUGAAGCUGGUGGUGUCCCGCGGCGGGCUCCUGGGAGAUCUGGCAGCAAGCGACGUCUCCGUUGAGCUGCCGUUCACAUUAAUGCACCCGAAGCCACUAGAAGAAUCUUUCUUCAGAGACGCUCCAGAUGAAGCUCAGAUCGACACAAACCUGAUCCAGUUUGACACAAACGACGAUGACAUCAUCUUCGAGGACUUUGCCCGUCAGAGGCUGAUCGGGGCGAAGGACGACAAGGACGAAGACGAGGAGCCAGUGGACUCUCCCAAACUCAACGACAGAUAAAGGCGCCGAGCGUCACUGCUGCCGUGCUGCUGUUGUUGUUUCGCUGCUGUUUGUAGUGUGGAGCUAACGGAGGUCACAUUUAGGUCAAACCACAGUCUGGACACCCUUUAAACACUCGGCGGUGCCGUGUUUGUGUUCUCGUUAAUGUUCGUCCUCUCUCUGCGUCCUGCCGGGUGUAAAAAGCUAGAAUACCGCAGCGUAGACGUCAGUUGUGUUUUCAGACGGAGCAGCUCUCCCCUCCUUUGUCGGCCGGCCGGAGACCCGAACCGGCAACUGCGGCAUUGUAACGACGGCUGGUAGCAUGCCUCUAAUGUCACUUUGUUCUAUGUGUUUCCACUAGGGACCGAACAGGAGUAACGUUGUGUUGAGAUUAGUUUCGAUGUGUCGUAUCAGAGGGUCUUCAUUAAUAACAACAACACUGCCAACUUUGGUUGAUCUGGAACAGUUCACCAGCUGAUGUUAACAGUCAGUGUGUGCAGACGAAGCUGCAGAUUGUGAAGAAACACCAGAAGAAGAGUCGACCCGCCGAGAGGACCUGAAACUGUCAGAGAGCCACUGAUCAGCCAAGAGGAACUGGUGGCUUCUUUUGCAUGAUAUACAUCAAUACUUUAUAUGAUUAAUUAAUGUCAUGAAUAAUCAACCUCUGAUGAGGAGGGCCCUAAUUUUAAAGGAGCAUACGAGUGUUUGUUAUUGAUCAUUUUCUCAAUCAUCAUCAGUAUUUAGAUCGUUUCUCUUCAGUCUAUAAGAAUCUACAAAAACACAUAAGAGGCACAAAAUUAUGAGACGUUACCAACUAACUGAUUAUUAAAUGUUACUUAAUGAGUAGCUAAUGAUUAAUCCAUCAAGGAACAAGUGGGGAAGGACUCUUAUUAAAAGCAUAUUUAAACCUGGGCCUCAUAUUUACAUAUUUACAUGUGUUGGUGUGUAAAGUAUGUAACACUUGAGUCAGUCACUGUUCGUACAGCGAGAUCUUUGUGUUAAACCAGUGGUCCCCAGCCACCGGGCCGCGGACCGGUACCGAUGGAAACUGUAUUCAAGUUGACUGAUAAAGUGGCUGAACUGCAGCUGAGGGGACGGCGAGUGGACAACAGCUGGAGACUGCAAAUAAUGUUGGCCUUACAGUAUGUUAGUGAGUUACGGAGUAGACUGGAGAAAGUAAUAAUUAGUACUAAUUAGUAACUACUCAGUGCCAAAACAGAAACUAAUGUGUAAACUAAUUAGUAAUAAAUGAGAUGGUUCUGGUUUGGUGCAGGUUCUGAGGAUCUCCAUCUACUUUCAGACAAUUCAAAAGUAUAGAGCAUAUUAUUAUAAUGGCUUUAAUUAGGAUUCAUAUGAAAGUCUAAAAACAUCCAAGUUCAUCUUUCUAAAUUAAAAAAUCAUCAGUUUCAUACAAAUUAAAUGUAAAUGUGAGACUUUAAACAAGCCAGACUGAAACUUCAGGUUCUGCAGGUUUAAUGAUGUAGAGACUCGAUGCUGACGAGAGUUGGAAGUUACUCAUUAAUUAAUGGUUAACAACAGUUUCAUCAUUUGUUCCCAAGGUCUUAAUUUGUUGUGGUUCUUAUUGUAAUGUGUCACCAAAUCAAAGUCUAGUUACAGAAAUCUGGUGUCAGACGGUUUUAUAGUUUCAAUCGAAGCACUUGUAUCUGAGCUGAAACUGGUCUAAAAACAAAACCAACACCACUGUCAAAAACCUGCAACUGUGAAUUUAAUGCCCUGUAUUUUCUCCUCUUUAUUACAUGAAAAAACAAGUUAUCAUUGAGAAUAAAACUACAGAGGAAGUGAGAUGUGUUGGAUCAGAACAUUUCCCAGCUGACUCUCUUGUGUCCGAGUGUCCCUGAAUGCACCAAUCAGAGGCACUCUGUUGCGUCACAACGUGAUGAAAACAAAACAUUUAUUGUUUGUCUGCAGGCAAAAUUUGAACGUUGGAAUUUGAACAAUGACCGAAACGUCCAUGUGAGUGUGUGUGUGUGUGUGUGUGUGUGUGUGUGUGUGUGACAGACUGAGUGAAACUUUAACACAACAUUACAGGCUAAAGAUCACCAAAACACAUCUGUAACAAUGUUUUAAUUGGCUUUUAUUUUGACAGGGCCUGGAGAAACCUGUAUGUUCCACUGCAUCUUUAAUAAAGGGACGUUUGUGGCAA